AUGGUCGGCUUCGACUCCGUGGGGACCCUGCUGGCCGACAUCGCGAACCUCCUCUCCGACGGGCUGCGCAUCCUGAGCCUCGCCGACAAGCGCCACUGGGGGCCCGACGAGCACGAGCAGCUGCGCGCGCUGGAGCAGGCGCUCGACGAGGCCAAGAAGGACUUUCAGGAGCUGGCGCCGCUGGUCAACGGGCAGUCUUACUACCAGCGCGACCGGAAACGUGCGUAUUUCUUCCCGUCCCAACCCCUCCAAUCCCUCCGUCUCAUCUGGUCGUCCUGCCACCUCUUGCUGCGGACUUUCGUCCCAGCUACUGACGAAUCGGUCGAGGAGCUUAGGGCGCUGCGCUCUCGCUUCGACGCGCACAUCUACAACCUCAAGGACUGGAGCAGGUCCGGCGGCCCGAUAAACCCCGUGUGGGUGCGCGACACGCACGCGCUGCAGAGCGACCUGCACCGGGCGCAGCGCCGCGCCGCGAGGCGCAUAUUCUCCUCAGACCAGGAGUCGUCGCAGCGUUGCCUCGGCGCCUUUCUCGUCCACAGGGUGCAGCGACGCACCGCUGCUGCAACAACAGCAACACCGGCGGCGGCGGGUAACGGUCCAAAGAGGAGCGUUGGCGCCGCCGCCGGCAGCAGCAGCACCAGCGCCAGCAGCAAGUCGAGCUCGACGGCGACGGUGACGCCGAUGACGACGGCGAGAGGGUCGGCCGAUUCGCAGAGGGCGCAAAUGGAGGAGCUGGCCAUGUGCACGCGGGUCGGCGGCUUUGAGCGCUUCGGCGAGGACGACAUCGCCUUCAUAUGCGACUUUUGCGACGGGCACCUGGUGUGGGAGGACCUGGAGAGCGUGCCCACGUCACGGGCCGGCGCACCGGGGGUAAGCGGUCCGCCCGCGGCCCCAACGAGCAGCCAAAGCUGGCAGGCCACGGGCAUCACCAUGUCCGGCGGGCACGCAAAGCCGGUCGUGUACCCGCCGCUGGUCGUGGCGAACCACGUGGCGCCGACGCCGGGCGACUGGCUGGCGCGGGUGCUGUGCCCGUACUGCGAGGAGGAGGCGCAGCGGCCGCAGCACGAGGACGACGACGAGGACGCCUUCAAGCCCGAGUACGAGUUCGACGACGUGGCGGCGCUGCAGGAGCAUCUGGAGUGGCAGCAUCCCGUGGCGGGUGGCCUCUCCGCGGCGGCGCUUGCGGGCGCGCCAUCGAUACCCUCGACGAGCUCUUGCUCCAUCAUGUGA